GACAUCAUGAACGCGUUGCCGCGGGCGGACGGCGCGCGGCGGGCCACGUGGAAGACUCACAGCUCGGGCAACCGGCACGAGGAGGAGCUCUACAAGCUCGUCAUCGCAAACUUCGAGCAGAGCAGCAAGGAGCUGAUGGAGGAGAACCGGGCGCUGUGGGAGCAGCUAGCAGACGUGGAGAGCCGCAUCACCGCCCUAGCGCAGUCGCCCGCUGCAGAGGACGAUGAGGUGCGGAGCGUCGAGACCGCGUCUGUCUCCUCACUCGGAAGCUGUAGCCACGGCAACGGGCCGGCAGCGGAGGAGGAGCAGCUGUUCCCUGGACAGUUCCACAUGCCGUAUGACGCCGUGAAGGAAGAUCUACAGCAGCGCCUGCAGCACAAGUUCGAGCUGCUGAGAGAACGCUUCAGCCAAGCCGGAGCCCUCGAUUCAGCUGUUCAUCCAAACAAGCAGGUAAUGGGAGAAAUUGAGGCGUUGAAAGCAAAGUGUGAAAGGUACAAAGAAGUAGUCGAGAAGCAGGAGUUGCUGCUUCAGCAAGCCAUUCUGAACCACGUAGAUCAGAUGGAUGGCCAGUUGUUCCUCAAUGGCGAAAAUUUUCUAGGGGAGAAGGAGCUACUGAACGAAGAGAAAACGUUGUUUUACGAGCAGAAGAGCAACUUUGAGAAAGAGCGGAGGAUUUUCACAGAUGGUGCUAUCAGAUUGGGCAGAGAGCGGAAGCAGUUUGAAGAGGAGCGAGCGGCUUAUUUUAAGGAGCAGUUUUUGAUGAUACCCUCACCAGGGGGCACUCAUGAUGUCUCAAACCUCACGCCAACCAAACCGCUGGUCGAAGCGGCACCCCCCAAUGGUGGGUGUGUCACGACCCCAAGCACUGACCAACUGUAUCGAGCACUACGUCUCAGACCUCAUUCGGUAGCCGGUGAAAAGCUCACCCACACGCAGUCUAGUCCCAUGCUUUCCCAGCCGGUGAGCGCCCUGUCGGAGGGAACGCAGGAGACGAGAUGCGAUUCGCGGGGGCAGUCUAAAAUAGUGCAGAGGAUCUGUGCACACACGGAGCACAUCAGGGAGGCGGUGAGGAGGCGAUCGACGGACGACGGUCUCACGCCUGGCAAUUUCAACUCCCUAUGAAGUCCCUCCUCGUCCUCCUCAUCCUUACCUCUCACUGUGCUUACAGGGUUAUUGUAGAGGGGGAAAACUUGUAAUCGUUCGUGUAAUAUGUUGUUCGGUAUGACUUGUGAUUGAUCAUAUGAGAGCUUCACAAUGCAAUAAAAUAGUAAGAAUGCUAGGAUAACGGAUUUUGUCGUGCUCCAAGUUGCUGUGUAAUACUGCGCAGCCUUAACAAAAGUAAAAGCACACUUUCGGGCGUGUCGCUUGAUAAAGUUUUUGUUUAUUACUUGUUAUGUGAUGUUAAACCUGCUCCUAUACGGAUAGGACGACAGUACCCUAACGUGGUAAUAGUAUGAAGAUAUUAAUAUAAUCCACACCUAAUAGAAAACUCACUACUGACGUCUUUAUGUGUUGAUGAACGAGUGAGCUGUGGUUAGUGUUUGUUUGUAUAGAACUAAUGCGUCUUUGUAAAAAAAUUCUUUGGUGAAUACUAAAAUUACUAGUCAUUGCAGCAUUACUUGUUAUGUGAUGUUCCAGAAAUAUUUGACUUGGUACCAUAAACGGGGUCAUUACGUUUUUUCACAUUGUUUCUGUUUAUUGGUUACUGUGGUAGAUUUACUACCACCGUCACUAUUAACCACCUUUGCUGAUACUAACCACCUGGGUUUUUGUCGAUUCUUGGUAGUUCCAGGUAGAAGUACAUUUGCUCAGUAACUAUCACCUUAUUGUUAUAAAUGCAGCAAUUAUUGCCAAGGCAUGAUAUCAUAUGUAAUAUCAAGAGCGUAUAAAGAAGGUCUUUUUAAUACGAUCUUGGUAAUAUGUGCCUUACAUGUUAGUAUGUCAUCCGUCCUAAAAGCUCACAGUACCAAUCUGUGUCUGCUACAUAACACACUCGUCUAUUUUUUGGGUUUUGGGUUUAGUUGAACACAGUUGCUCAUUAUCACGUUGAUUGUAUACGUCCAUCCAUCCCCUGUAAUUAUGGUGCGAUAUAUAGCUUAUAACUGCUGUCUAUGUAUACUUUUGUGAGGUGCAUUUCGUGUUGUCUGCACUGUUUCACACAUUCACGUGAUAUAUUCUGUGUACAUAUUCGUGAGCGAGAUGUCAUUUGCAUGUAUUUUCCACUUAUUUUCGUAAUCGUUGUCUGUAUUGUGUGAUAUAGCUCGGAUGUUAUAGCCCGUAAAAAUACUUAUUGCCAAUUUUCUAACACUGCACAUAUCAUUUGACGUGCGAUAUCAUACUGCCUAGUUAAGUUAUGCAGUGAAAAGCUGCUCGAUUCAUGCUGUUCAUUACGGUGCAUUUUAAUUCGGUUAUUUCAAAGUUAUAUCAGUUCUGAUUGAUUGACUGCUAAACGAUUUGAUGUUCUAAGGGUUUCCAGAACUAGACAAAUUAGCUAUGCAUGCUAUUUUGUGUCCGUCACUGCAAAGUUAAAAACAUUCAAGACAGGUUACUGUAAUUUUAUGUAAUCGAGCAGUGCAUUACAAGUGAAAUUUCCGUCCAAUUUAAAAAAUGCCUUAAUUUUAGAGCAAAGGUGCUUGAAAUAUACAAGUACUGCAUGUAAUUAUAUACCAAUGCGUUGUUUGCUUCUGAGCUAUACACGGGUCCUGUGUCCAUAUGCACAGAUGCUCUCAAAUACCACAUUUAUCUGUCAAUAGAGUUAGUAAAGAAGAAUAGUAAUGAGCUGGGGUCUUUUGCAUAGCAUUCACAGGAUAAGAUCGGGAGUAAAUAAUUAUAAUUUUGUUAUUUACUCCUGAUAAAGAUGCGGGUGGAUUGCAGGAAAGGUAUUCAGAGAGCUCUGGUCAUUGUGGCAGAUGGACAAGAUGUUGUCACAACUUGAUGACACAGUGACACAGAAUGUAUUUUUAUGUAACGUGUGUGGAGAAAUAUGGAAGGCUUCCUCCAAUAAUCUUUGCAAUAUCUUUAGUUGUUGGAGGCUUCAUGUUUCAUGAUGAGGGAAAGGAUGUUAACUUAUUAAUAGAUAUAUAAACUAAUCGAAUUAUUGACGAUAUAAUGCUUGUGAUACACAAAUGCUGCAAGACAACCUGGCUUGGUGAUAGGUUUAGCAAGUGUAUUUUGAAGAAAAUGCUUGUCAUGCAGUGUCUAUAGCAUUAAUAAUAACGAAUAAAUUUUCACAACCA